AUGGCGCAAGGGGGCAAGCCAGACCACAAAGCCACUGUCCAGGGCUUUGCCCACAACGACAUCCUUGCUAACAUUUCAUUAACCAAAUCGCAGCGGAACGCGGCCAACGCCCGAGAGCGCGCCCGGAUGCGCGUGCUGAGCAAAGCCUUCUCCAGGCUCAAAACCAGCCUGCCCUGGGUGCCCCCCGACACCAAGCUCUCCAAGCUGGACACGCUCCGGCUGGCUUCCAGCUACAUUGCGCACCUGCGGCAGCUGCUGCAAGAGGACCGCUACGAGAACGGCUACGUGCACCCGGUGAACCUGACGUGGCCGUUUGUGGUCUCGGGGCGACCCGACUCUGACACCAAAGAAGUUUCAGCUGCCAGCAGACUCUGUGGGACCACCGCUUAGGUGGAACUUGAACGCCAUGGGUUACUGGUUAAGCGCCUGCGUUUGGGGGCCACGGAGAGAAGGGAGACUACGUGAGAACCCCCAGAGAAUGGGGGGGAAGUUCCAUUGGAUUCUCCUAGACACCCCCCGACUCAGAAUUUUCAACACAAGUGGCGGGCGCAAGGGGGCAGAGCCCUAGAGUUGGCGGCGUUGCUGUCGUCGCAGGGCGCCCAAGGCACCGGCUGCAGCGGCGGACCUGGGCGAGGACGCUUCACCUCUCCAGGAAGCGCUUGCUCCCGUCUCAGAUCCGACCUCAGAUCCAGCAGUGCAGACCCGCACGCUGCCGUCAGAGCCCAGCGCCGAGCCCCCUGGGGUCAGUUUCCGAGCUGAGCCAUAUGUGUAUUUAUAUAUAUGCAUCACACGUGACGGCACUGCUCUGCGCAGCCCGGCCUUUACCAUUAGACUGGCUAGGACGCUCUCGCCCUGACAAUCGGCUUCGAAGACAGGAAUCUUCGCGUGAGACCCACAUCGGGCAGGUUUUUAAGUUGCAAAGAGAGGAGAGUGAAUACCUGGGUGGGCUUAGAAUCCCACAGGGUGGAGCCCUCCAGGCGGACG